AUAAGCACUUAUAUUUCUUCAAAGCUUCGUUGAAGCUCAGGAAAAGAGAAAAAAUGGCGAAUUUUGCUCUUCUUCGGCUCCCUUUGAUCUCCUCUCAUGGCAGCUCGCCGCUGAGAAUCCGAGCAUCCUCCAAUGGGGUUCCAUUCUCGAAGCCGAAGACGGGGCCUUCCAUCUUGGAAAUCCCGCUGGAGAAGAUCAGGAGGCCGCUGAUGCGCACGAGAGCGAAUGAUCCGGAGAAGGUCGAGCAGCUCAUGGAGAGCAUCCGCUUGAUCGGUCUCCAAGAACCAAUCGACGUGCUAGAGGUCGAUGGAGUUUAUUAUGGUUUUUCCGGGUGUCACCGCUACGAGGCUCAUCAACGCCUUGGCCUGCCUACCAUACGCUGUAAAAUCCGACGUGGAACAAAGGAAACUUUGAGGCACCAUUUGCGAUGAAUCGAAGAGUUGGAUCAACCAGUCUUAUAAUAACGUCAAGAAAAAUGUUAUUGUUGUAUGAUAGCAUCUCCUGCAUUAUCUUCAAAUUUCCACCAAUUGUAAUAUAUAUAUAUAUUCAGAGAAUCUUGCAGCUACUGCUUGUGAAACCAUUGGGCAUCUUCAUAGAGUAGACCGAUUAUUAAUAAAUACUUUUCAAAAGGACUA